AAAUGAGAAUAUUAACGCACAUAACGCCCCUGCCAUAACAUACCUUACUGCUGUAUCUUCUUCGAGGCAAGCUCGGCAGCCCAUUGAGGACUCUAGGGUGUUCAAUGCCCAAGUCAGAUACAGAUUGGACAGACAAUUUGUUGAAAGCUCGCUCGGCCAUCAACUCGCUGAUCGACUCCAUCCACUCAUUUCCUCACGCUGCAUUCCUAUUCAGAGCACCUAUCAUCGAUCAAAAUGCCAAGGGUGCAUGGUCACAAGAUGAGGUCCUCGGACUCAGACGCUUUAUUCAGAGCGUAGAAGACCAGGCGGUAUCCUUGGACCAGCUCGCUCGAGAACAGAUUCCGGUCUCUGACGAUCCACUGCCCAAUGUCUUGACGCAGGUGGCUAUGUGGAAACAGGUCUUACUGUCUCGUCCUCCUCUUGCUGGUAUCCGGAUACCCCUAUCACCUGGCAAAUUAUCCUCGACUCGAGCCUCUGUCAAGAAUGAAGACGUCAAGGGCAAAGGCAAGAGCAAGGAAGGGUUCGUCGAUAUAAUCGCUAGGGGAGGCAAAGAAUGGAUCAAGUUCUACUCAAAGAAGGAGUCACAGCUCCUCGCAGAGUUCCGAGAAUACGAUUCUUAUAUCAACUCUGAUUUCGAGGACAGUGAUUCCGAUAGUGGACCGUCCAGUUCAACAUCGGCACAUGGAUCUCAAGCAAGGGCUGAUCUUCCCACCAAUUCCUUGACUGCACUGGCGGAGAGUCUUCUCGAAUUGGCGCAGAACACAGACAGAACACCCGGCGCGCCGAUACCGAAGUUGACUAUACGAGUGUCGAGAAUUUCAGACGACCCACGGCAUCAUCACGACGAACGCAUCUCUCGAGUAUUUGAGGAUCUAUACGAUAGGGGGAUCAAUCUCGUCUUUGGGGAUCUAUCGGAUCGAACUCUUGAAGAGGUGCAUAACUUUGCACUGAAAGGCUACCGUGACCGCCUUGUGGCUGAAGAGAACAUGAAACCCUCUCUACGGAUCAAUUUGGAUCCAACGUCGCUUAUGGGUCUUUGCAGUGAUUUGUUACAUCACCCUUUGCCUGCCGACAAAAGCGAGGCGAAGAAAAGGUUUUACCGACCUGCUCAUGCCUUGCAAGCCAACGGAAGAGGUCGGGACCAGCUUGAAGCAUCUCCCAACCAAGAUCGAGACCUUGAUGACGAUUGGACAACAGACGAGAUGCAGAGUCAGAACAGCCGAGAACUGGUCCGGAAUGUGCUGGAAGAGAUGGACUCGUCCCUCAUUGAAGAGCUCCGGGAUGGCCUUCGAGCCGCGGCAGAUGAGUAUGCGACAAGGACGGGUCGACCUGCCAAGAUCGAGUUUUGGGCCACUCCAGAGGCUAUCACAUAUGCACAGGAGGCCCUGGGUAGUGAGAAGCUCGUCGGAGAAGGUAUGGAACAAAGACGGUUGAGGCGUCUUCUUGGGCAGGAGGACGGAGACUUUUUCCAAGGAUCCAGGUAUGAGAGGAAGGAGGGCGUACUCCAUGGGAUGCGGGUCCGAACGAUAGGUCGUGACAUGCCGACCACCGAUCCGCCUAGAUCUACACGAUCGCCCUCUGAAGCACAAUCGUCGUCCUUUCAUCGUUCCUUGCAUUGCGCUGCAUCGAUGUUUUUGGCCGACUACGAUAGCUACAAAUCCACAGGUGACCCUGCGCGACUACCGAACUUUCUCAAACCCAAUCGUUUACCUGUGCCGAAGGUCGCGAGCCUUUCCGUGCCCUUUCCUAUCGUGUCUCUGAUCUCAUUGGCACAAGGUGCCAAGGAGGGCAUGACGACAUUGAUGAUGGGUAAUAUCGUCCUUCGAGAUGUCUUCUUCCAGAAUCGUUGGCGAAUUAGGGGAUGGGUUCAAGGAGACUACGAGACUUUGAGACCGACACCAACGGACGAUCAAGAUUCAUCCGCGGGCGAAAAGGCGGAAGAUGUCGCUGCGGUGUGGAUGAUGCCAUAUCGUAGUCUUGGAGAGGGUAAAAGGGUCAGAUUCGCCCGAGGUGAUUAUUCAUAUCCCAACAAGUGAUCGACUUGCAUGUACAUGCAUGACUUCCAACCCAAGAAAGCACUAUACAACUCAUCUUCCGCGUAAACGCCAAAUCUCUCUGUUCAGGCUACUCAUCAAAUUCGCUCAUCGCUAGCGGAU